UUCCUGCACAUGAAACAUCUGAAGCGCAAGCGGAAAAGCAACUACAGCGCGAAGGAGACGCAGGCCCUCAUCCGCGAGAUACACAAGCGCCGGCACAUCCUCUUCUCCAAGCAGCAGAACACCGCCAUCAAGGAGUUGAAGCGCAGGGCUUGGGAGGAGGUGGCGAACUGCGUCAACGCUCUGGGCGAGGGCGACCUGCGCACUGCUGUCGAGGUCAAGAGGCGGUACCUGGACUGGAGGGUGCUGAUGAAGAGGAAGCAAGUCAGAGCGGAGCUGUCCGGUCUCAAGGACGAGAACGAUCCGUCCUUGAGCGAGGAUAAUGUUCUGUGCAGGGCAGACCUGCCACCAGACCUUGGUGGCUUCCCCAAGGACCAGGACUGUGAUUGGCAGAACUUCUCUGAUAUGGAAAGGGCCAACAGCCCCCCAGCAGUCCAGGGCGACGGCGGAGAAGAAGAAGAUGAUGAAGAAGAAGAAGAAGAAGAAGAAGAGCGUGAAGAAGAGAACGAGGAGGACCAUUUCCCGCUCACGUUGCCGGACGUGGACCGGGAGGGAUGCGUGCCGGACACAUUCUCCCGCGUCGACGAGUUCGGUCUGCGCACCGGCGCCAAGGCGGAGCGGGACCUGGAGGCAGAGCUGCCGCCGGACGGGGCGGGCGUAGCGGGGCUGGUCUUGGGGAUGGGCGGCGUGGGGAGCCUGGACCUGCUGGUCGCCGUGGCCCGGCAGAGGCUGGAGCUGGAGCGGCGUCGCCUGCAGGUGGAGACGGAGCGGCUGCGGGUGGAGAAACGGCGCCUCCUGGUGGAGCGGGAGAAGCUGCGGCAGGCGGAGGUGGAGCGGGAGCGCCUGCAGGUGGAGCGGGACCGUCUGCGGGUGGAGAAGGAGCGGCUGGUGGGCCAGGUGGGGCGGGGCGCGCCCGCGCCCGCGGAGGACUGCGAGCGGGAGCGGAAGGCGUGGCAGGUCGCCGCGCCGCCGGCCCAGACUCAGCCCGCCGCCAGCCUGGCGUCCGAGCGGCUGCAGCUGGAGACGGAGCGGAUGCAGCUGGAGAAGGAGACGCUCACGUUCUUCAAGCUGGAGUCCGGCCGCCUGCAGAUUGAGAAGGAGCGCUUCCGGGUGGAGAAGGAGCGCAUGCGGCUGCAGAAAGACGGACAGCAGCUGGCCCUCCAGGGGCAAUAG